GACAUAGAGAUUAGAGUUCAUUAUAUGUAAGUGAAUCAGACUUGUUGAUAUUUUCAGAUAUUGUUGGUUAACAUUUCGCAAAAAAGACUUUCAUAUAAAAUUAAAAUUGCUCUAAACCAUGGCUGAUGAAGAGUAUGAUGGCGAUGACGGGGGUGGAGAUUAUGAUGAUAUGGUUGAAGAGGACAAUAAUAUAGAAGAGACUGAGGAGCAAGAGGAAGACGGCUACAAUGUGCAGUGCGUUGCUCCGGGUCAAGCUGGUGGAGGAGUUGAAAAAUCAAAGAGAAUUACUACUAGAUACAUGACUAAAUAUGAACGAGCUAGAGUAUUAGGUACUCGAGCCCUCCAAAUAGCCAUGUGUGCUCCAGUUAUGGUUGAACUCGAAGGAGAGACUGAUCCUCUACAAAUAGCAAUGAAAGAGCUUAAACAACGUAAAAUACCUAUUGUAAUAAGGCGAUAUCUCCCCGACCACUCUUAUGAAGAUUGGAGUAUAGAUGAAUUAAUUAUUAUUGAUCAUUAAGUAAGAUUAGUUUUGUAGUAUAUAAAAUUAUAUUUUUUAAAAUGAAUGGGAUAUGAAUGCUAAAAUAGAGUAAGUUUUUCA